AUGCUCAAGCAGAAACUCCACGGAAAAGGGAGCCAAAACGACUCCAGUUUUCUCGUGACAGCUCACAAAGGUUUCAACCUAGCUGCAGUUCGGCAGGACCCGGUUGAUGCUGGUGCCGACGCGGAGCUUCAAGCAGUCACGGAGCAGAAGGCGGCAGCGGAACGUCGUGAGAAAGAGGCCUGGCAGGCCUUGGAGCGGCAGCGUCAGGUGGGAAGCAAGCGAGAGAACCAUGUCUUCACAUUCGGGCCCAUCUACAGCUUCGGAGUUUUCCUGCCCGUGAUCAAGGCAGACUUGAACGUCUCCCUGACGGAGGUCUCUGCCAUUAGCUCCACGAUGAAUACCGCGCAGUUCAUGGGGUCGUUGGUGGCAGGAAUCCUCAUCCCAAGGCGCCUCGGUCACGCAACCGUAGCGGGCAUUUGCGCCUUCGCGGGCCUUGCGGCGCUGUCCUUCGUGGAAAGCAUCUUCCUCGCGUACCCGGCUGUAAUCUUGGCAGGCCUUGGACUGGGUGCUUCGAACCUGGCCGGCCUUGUGGCAUUGAUCGACAGCGUUGCUGCAAAGAAGAGAGCUACACUGGUGGGCCUGGCGACAUGUGGCACAAGCGUCGGCACAAUUCUGCUGCCUCAGUUCUACAACACUCUCACAGAAGUGUUCGACUGGCGCUGGGCGAUGCGAAUAAACGCCCUGGCUACCUUCUUGGCUUUGGGGCUGGCGGCGCCGCUUUUCCGGGUGCCGAAGACUGAGGCAUCCGAUGUAGCGGCACCACAGCGGGAGGCAAAGGGGCAACAAGCCUCCAAUCCGUGCCGAGAUCCACGGUUUGUAUGCUGGUGGUUGGACAUGUUUGUAUGUUUCUUCGGAUACUUUGUUCCGCCGGCCCUCUUGGCGGACUUCGCGCAGAAUGAGCUUCAGCUGCCGCCGGAGGCUGCAGCCAAUGCCUACACUGUGAUCGGCAUUUGUGCGCUGCUAACGCGCCUUUGCCUGGGCGCAAUUUCUCAUAUUUGCGGAGGGCCACGACGUGUUCACAUGGGGUGCCAGAUUCUGGUUGGAGCCGUAACAUGCUGUCUGCCGUUUUGCUGGAACUUGGAGUCUUUGCUUGUUUGGAGUGCGUGUUAUGGCCUCUGCAUUGGCCCUGUCAUUGCAUUAAUUAGCGUGGUGCUGAGCGAGCUCUUCGGCACCCAGGCCUUGCCGUUGUACCACGGCGUCUCGCGAGUCGGAGUGGGCAUGGGGAACUUGCUUGGAGUUCCUGUUGCAGGCCUGAUCGCGGAGAGAUGGGGCUAUGAAUUCGCAAUCGUGCUCUCAGGCAGCCUAGUGAUGAUGGCCACGACUUUUUUGGUCAUUCUGGCAAUCCUGCAUCGUCGAAAGCUGAAUGCUGAAGCCCAGAAUUCGUCUUCUCGGGAUGGUGCAAAGAUUUAA